AUGUUGAAGCGAUUUCGAGCUAAUGAGCGUCUCUCACAGAGGUACUAUGAUGGCCAGGAAGGUGCUUGCGGCUGUGGAUCCAGCUCUGGCCUUUUCCCUUGGCAGCUUGGAAUCACCAACGGCGUUUACACGGCAGCUGGGUCGCAAGCAUUCUUCGACACGGGCGGUGCUUCCUGGUGUGGCGCUGGUUGUGGUAAAUGCUACAAUCUGACCUCGACCGGCGAACCGCCUUGCAGUAGUUGCGGUACCGGUGGAGUCGUGGGCCAGAGUAUCAUUGUCAUGAUAACCAAUCUCUGCCCUUACAACGGUAACCAACAAUGGUGCCCUAAUGUUGGUUCCACAAAUCAAUAUGGGUACAGCUACCAUUUCGACAUCAUGGCUCAGAGUGAGAUAUUUGGUGACAAUGUGGUCGUUAAUUUUGAACCCGUCACUUGCCCAGGUCAAGCGAUUACGGACUGGGAAUCUUGUGUCUGUUAUGGAAAUACUGAGACAGAUACCACACCUGUUGGAAUCACAUCUGGCAGUUCUGGCUCCUCCUCGUCUUCUUCUUCGACCAAGACGCAAAGUAGUACCACUACAUCCACAACGGUAACGACGACAACUACCACGGCAACCGGCACUCAAACUAUUUACGGGCAAUGUGGUGGCAGUGGGUGGACCGGGCCAACAGCCUGCGCAUCUGGUUCAACUUGUAAAGCCCAGAAUCAGUGGUAUUCCCAGUGUCUUUAG